AUGUAUAAACUUGACUUGCCGAUUGAUACCAAAGAGGCUGCAUCAAUCGAAGCUAGGAGAAGACAAGAAAAAGAGCGUCAAGCUCGUAUAUUCAACGCCCGUACUCGACAAAUUGGGAUAGAUGAAGAAGCCUUGAAACACCAAGUAGAAGAAAAAAAACUUCUGGAAUUGCAAGAGAAGGAGAGAGAUCUAGCAUAUGAUGCCGAUGCUGUACGCAAUGACAAGAUUUCUUGUAUUCUUGAGAAGCGUCAGCAACGAGAUGCAAGAGAAAUUGCUAAAAGCUUAAACGAGUUCAGAGCUCUUCAUCAGCAGCCCGAGUCAAGGAGAGAGUUUGACCUUUAUGAUCCCAAUGCAUUGAAGUUAGACCAUCCAGCUCGUGUUUCAGAUGAUGAUCCUCGAUGUGGAGUAGCCUCACUUCAGAAGUUUGAUGGGGAAGAUCUAAAUCUAAAAUCCAGAAUGAGGUAUCAGAGGGAACAAAUGCAGGACUGGCUUGCCAGACAAAUAGCGGAGAGAAACAGAGCGGAAAAUGCCCGGAAGGCAGCAGAUAGACUAUAUGAUCUUAAAAGACGAGAAUUAGAUCAACGUGUUUGUGAGCUACAAAAAGCUGAAGAACAAUGUCGACGAGCAAUAAAUGUAGCACUACAACGUUAUAACAAAUUAUUAAAAGAAGAAAGUGAUCAAAGAUCUCUUCUUAAAGCUAAAAAAACACAAGAUGAUAAUAUGACAGAAAUAUGUAAUGCAAUUUACAGUGAUUUACUUAGUGAAAAUCCUGAACAAGCUAUAUCUGCUUUUGGAUGUCAUCGAAUAAUACCAGACCGUUACAAAGGUAUGACACCAGAACAAAGAGAAGAAAUUCGUCGAUGUCAAGAGGAACAAAUCAAAGAAAAAGAGCGUGAAUUAGCCAGACAAAAGCAGGAAGAUGAAGAAUGGGAUAGUCAAAGAUUAAAGUCUGCGAGAUUAGGAAUGUUAUUGGAAAAAGAGAUUGAAAGAUCAAGUCGUCAAGUGAAGCAACAAAUAGCUGAACAGAAUCUCAAAUUAGCAUUUGAACAGAAAGCCUUUCAAGAGUAUCUUAAUAAAGAGUUAUAUACAAACCAACCAACUGGAGAUUAUUUUACUCAAUUCAAUACAACAUCACGCUGA